AUGGCAUCAGAGCGAGAUAGUUCUGAGGAAUCAGAACAUUACAAUUCUGAGGAAGAAAUUCUGGAGAAGAAAAAUCAUGCCUCCGGAAAAGGUAAAAAGUCGCACGCCAUUGAUCCAAGCUCACCAUACUAUCUUGGUUCCUCAGACAAUCCAGGAACUCCAUUGGUGGCGGCAGUUCUAACUGGCGAAAACUACAGAACGUGGUCACGAUCGAUGAAAACAGCACUUCGAGCAAAAUUGAAGCUCGGUUUCAUCGACGGAACAAUCUCAAAACCAGGGAAGAAAUCAACAGAUUAUGUCAAUUGGGAGAGAGCGGAUUCAAUGGUAACGGCAUGGAUCAUCAACUCCACUGAUCAGAAACUGCAUAGCAAUAUUUCACAUGCAUCAACCGCAAGGGACAUCUGGCUCGAUCUCGAAGAACGCUUCGCUCAAACCAAUGCACCAAGGAUUCAUCAACUAUGGCAUACGCUCUGCUUAAUGCAGAAGGAAGAUGAUCUCAGUGUCACAGAAUUCUACACAAAAUUCAAAGGUCUUUUCGAUGAACUAAGUGAGCUUCAGCCACUACCAUAA